GGGUCGAACGUUCUUCCCUUUCCGUUGCGUCUGUUCCUGAAGAAGAAGAACAACAACAAGAACAACAACAAACCAUUCGACCAUUCGAAAGAAAGAACGAUCGAUCAAUCCAAUCCACACAACAAAGCAAACCGCAUGUGGCUCUCGACAGAGGCUCCAAAGGAACAACACAACCAUUCCAAACGCAACGAAAGCAACAAAGAGAUACACAAAACAAUGGCAACUAUAACGACAAACCGGGCUCCGACGAAGCCAAACGCCGGUGGGAAACGCAAUGCCAACCCUUCACUCCUAUUUCCCACUUUCUUCCUAGUACUGACGCUCUUGGUGCGCGACAGAAGUUUCGGUGGUUUGGGUGUCGUCGGGGCAGCGGGGCAGCAACGGCAACAGCAGCAGCAGAAACCGCCCAAGCAGCUACCCCACAUCGUGAUGAUUGUUCUGGACGAUCUCGGAUCCCACGAUCUGGGCCUGCACGGAACCGGAAUCCACACACCGAACAUCGAUGGCUUUGUGGCGGAGGCAAGGAACCGCAAUGUCGGCGAAAGCUACGGCGGCGAAAGCUACGGCGGCGACGGCGACGGCGACGAAAGACCCACCGGCAUUUACCUGGAGCAGUACUACGUGCUGCCCUACUGCAGCCCCACCCGCGCGGCCCUUCUCAGCGGCAUGUAUCCACUCCGCACCGGGGUCCACAACGUCAUCAUCCCCAAGUCGACCGCCGGGCUGCCCCUGGACGUCGAAACCCUUCCGGAGAUGCUCAAGAGGGCGGGGACCAAAAGAGCGGGAACGGCGGGGAACAACCACGACGACGACGACGACGACGACGACGAAACGACCUACAGAACCCACGCCGUCGGAAAGUGGCACCUCGGCCACUCGGCCUGGGAACAAACCCCGACCUUUCGCGGGUUCGAUUCCUUUUUCGGGUUUUACAUGGGCGGGCAGGACUAUUUUACCCACGAAUCGGACGCGUCGAACGGGGUGGGCGGGGUGGACCUGCACCGCGACGCGAGACCGCGCUGCGGGGAGGGCUGCAGCCGAGUGGUGGGAAGCGAGCGGGGGAACUACUCGACCCACGUCUUUACGAGGGAGGCCAUUGCCGUGGUGGAAGACCACGCAGCGGAGGCCGCCGCCACCAACGCCACGGCUCCGCCCCUUUUUUUGUACCUGGCCUACCAGGCCGUCCACUGCCCGAACGAGGUCCCGAAGGAGUACGUGGACCGGUACAAGGCCCGCACAAACUGGACCGACCAGCGAAAGAACUACGCGGGCAUGCUGACGGCGGCCGACGAGGGGAUCGGCAACCUCACGGCCUCCCUGAAAGACCACGGCCUGUGGGAGAACACCCUGGUGGUCGUCACCACCGACAACGGGGGGCCCACCACCGUCGGGUGCGUCCAGGGCUCCUCCAAUUUUCCCAAGCGGGGGGGAAAGUGCUCCCUGUGGGAGGGGGGGACCACCGGAGACGCCCUGGUGGGGGGACCUGCCCUAGAGGGGCUGUUGCUGCAGCAGCAACAACAACAGCAACAGCAACAAACUACCGGGGAGAAACGGAGUGCACGAGACAAGCGGAACCACCGGGACGGAGCCGGCGGUGCUACCGAAAAUGCUGCCGCAAGCAGCAACACCGGCGGAGGACGGAGGCGGUACAACAACCUCUUCCACGUCGUGGACUGGUUCCCAACCCUCGCGGAAUGGGUGGGAGUGGUGCCGAGAAACCAGUCCGUCCAGGACGGGGUCUCCCAGGCCACCGCGCUGCUGUCGGCCCUUCCCGGUGGUUCGAGAGGCCUUCCUCCGCCCCCCCGCACCGAGCUCUUUGGCGGGUACGCCAUGUGCGUGGAUCACGACCCGGGCAGGGGGACCCCCGACUGGUACGGACCGGCGAUCCGGCACAGAAACUGGAAGCUCGUCUACGGAUCCACGGCGGGGCCCGAUGCCAGCAACAAGUUCCCGGAGGGUUCCGAUUCCAUAGUUCCGCCCGGGGAGGACCAUCACAGCGACGGCGACAACAAGAACAACCACCCACACGGAAACACCACGCGGUUGCCGCGAGAGGCACGGUACCUUCUGUUCGAUCUGGCCACCGAUCCGGGCGAAACUAGCGACCUGGCAGGAAAAUACCCGGAGGUCCUUCGCGACAUGGUGGAAAAACUGAGGCUCUACCGCAAGUCCUUUGUCUACCCCCAGAUCAACGACGAUUCGGGAUGCCCAUUUCCGGGGCUGGUCAACACAUCGGAUGCCGGGCCGGCGUGGUAUGUCAAACAAGACGAGCUUUUUAAUUGUUGAAUUCGAGUUUGCCAAAGUGCAACGAAAUGCAGUGCGCUUUGGCAUCGUCUUUGUGUUUUCGGUCCGUGUACCUCUUCUUGUGCUCGAGCUUGUUUGUUCGACUCACCGUCAUUGUUAUUGCUUGCAUCCGACAACUACUAAUACUAUAGGAUUCCGUGGUGCAAGGAUCUACAGGAGACCAUACUCGCAUUGCAAUAAGCAAAACGCAAUAAACAAAAGAAACGAAG